UUUGGCUUCGGUUUCUAGGGAGGACAAGUCGCCAGCUUCCAUUCUCCAUCUCGUUGCUGUUCGGCUUUCCUGUUACUGGGGCCUGUUUGCGUAGCUAUAAUGUCCUCCGACUUCGAGGGCUACGAGCAGGAUUUUGCGGUGCUCACAGCUGAAAUCACGAACCGCAUCGGGAAGGUGCCUAAGUUGCUGGGGGAUGAGAAGAAGCAAAUGGUUUCAAAUGUGGAAAAGCACCUGGAAGAAGCAAGAGAACUUCUGGAACAAAUGGAACUUGAAGUUCGAGAAAUCCCUCCACAGAGUCGGGGCAUGUAUAGCAGCAGAAUGAGGAGCUACAAACAAGAAAUGGAAAAACUUGAAGUUGAUUUUAAAAGGUCACGGAUUGCCUACAGUGACGAGGUGCGGAAUGAGCUCCUAGGGGAUGAUGGGAAUUCCUCGGAGAUCCAGUUGAUAAAAUUACGUGAAGAGAGGGCACAUCUGCUCGAUAACACAGAGAGGCUGGAAAGGUCAUCUCGGAGACUAGAGGCUGGAUACCAAAUAGCAGUGGAAACUGAGCAGAUUGGUCAGGAGAUGUUGGAAAAUCUCAGCCAUGACAGAGAGAAGAUUCAGCGUGCUCGAGAACGACUGAGAGAAACAGAUGCAAACUUGGGUAAAAGUUCGAGGAUCCUAACAGGAAUGUUACGAAGGAUCAUCCAAAAUCGGAUUUUGAUAGUUAUCUUGGGAAUCAUCGUCAUCUUUGCAGUCCUGAUGGUUAUUAUUUUUUCUGUUAAGGGACACUGAUAUCUUUGUUCUUCACUAACCAGCAGUAAAAUGCUUCAGAGUAAUUAAGACAAAGCAGUCACAUGAAUCAUUCUCUUGCACUGAAAUGGUUCUCCCUCUCAAAGCCUGCCUUUCAACUCUGGUGCAAGUAGCAAACAUAUUUUGUCCCAUUGUUUGCAUGUAUAUUUAAAAAUUUUCUUUGUUGUAGAAUGUGUGUCUCAAAUGAAUAGUCUGGUUUUCCCAUAGAAACAUACAAAAUGGACAAUUAUAUUUAACAUACAAGAUUGCACAUGUAAUUAACAUGUUAAAUUCCAUGCCAGAUUGUUCAUGCUCAGCAUUGUGUUGAGUUGGUAUUUAAAUCUCAGACAGAAAUUUACCUUUUAGGAUAUUAUUGGAAUGAGAAAACCAAAUGGAAAAAAUAAACCGAGUGAUUCGUAUGCAUAAAUAACUAUCAGAGUUGCAAUCCAGAAUACCCAGUAAUCAUACUACCUUUUGAUAGGAGAAUCCACUGUGAAACUAUUAUUUUAGUGGGAUCAUUUUCUUAUUUCUUUUCAAACUUUAAUUAUUGAAUAAUUCAUUCAUCUUCACUGAGUCAAGGCUUAGAUUGUCCAAUGAAUUUCUUUUCUAAUAUUACCCUAUGACCAUUUUUUUAUAUUUUAAAGGUUUUAGGGACAAACUGGACAAUACAUAUGCUUUGAGUUGGAUUGGGGUUCCCUGACCCAAAUUAAAGACAGAUGUAAAAUUGGGAACUAAUAUUCCCAAAUUCUCCAGGAGCAAUUUGGCUUGGGAGUGCAACUUGGAGGAGGAGGGACUUCAGCUAUCCUUCCCAUCCUGUUUUUGGUAGCUGAAGUAGCUGUGGAUCUCCAUGGUCUGCAGUUAGUGGCAAGUAUAUCAUCGAGUUUGGUCCUUAGUGUAUAUGGUGUCCAAAGCACCUAGUUAACAGAUGUUUAGAAAUCUCAUUCAAGCAAUUUCUGAUUUACUAAACAAUCAUAUCAUAACACUUUCAUAUAUCUGGUAUAGGCAUGGUACAUUAUAACUUGCCUUUCACAUUGUUUUAUCUGCUUCUAUUUGGUCCUGCUGCCCAUUUUUGCUUUUUCUUUUGACACUGCCAACCAAAUAGUUAACAUUACCUCCACCCCAUUUUCCUCAAAUUUUAUAUGGCAAAAGCAUUUAUUUGCCAUAAUGUCCAUGCCAUAGAAAACUAUACCAGCCCUGUAUCCUUGGCACAUAUACCAGCAUGAAGAAACACACAUUAUGUUUCAAAAUGUGAAAGGAAACAGCUUAAAAUAUAAUAUGUGAGGUACCAGAACUGAUGGAGGACUCAAUGGUCUCUGUUGAUCCCUAGCAGCCAUGAACAUGUGUUGAAGUAGCUAGAGCCACAAGGAACAAUGAGAAAUGCCAUUUCUAUGGUUCCCAAAGUUCCUGCAUUUGCCCAUUGUUCCUGGCAUCCUGCCAUACAUUCUUGGAGCAGUGACUAAGGAUAUGUGCAGCAUUUGCCAUAACCUAGCUCUUUCAUGCAAAAUGCAGAUAAGGAAGGAAAACAGGUAGUGUGGGGAUAAUUCUUACUGAUAGACCAAAAUAUAUGUCAGGUUCCUCUGAACUUUAGAGAGCUAUUUCCCAAAUUCUAAAUUGAUCCCAGAGGUGAAUUUACUAAUCUGGUAUCGAAUUGCCACCUUUUCAAUUUGCACGUCUCUGGACAAAUUGUGCUCCUAGUCACACGUGUAUUAGUAUCUUCUUUUCUUUGACUAGCCUUCUAGAACUCCCCCACAGCCAUAAAAGAUGUGUGAAACUACACUAAAAUCAUGCCUCACGUACAACAUGUAUGUACCAUUACAUAUAUGUGCCUAUCAAUGGCUCAAUUUUUUGAUAAUGACCAUGAUCACAGUUUUGUUAUAAUGUUUUUACAUGGUGAUGCAAGGAAAAUAUUUUCAGACAACUUUUGAAAACAAUUAUGUGGUAAAGAUAGCAAAGAUUAUGGAACCAGAGAUUUGGACGUAAAGAACAAACUAGGCUACCACAUAUAUGAGACACAAAAGAUAUCAGGCAAUCACCUGAAGGUCAUAAGAACUUGGUAGCUUAAUCCCACCUCAUGUUCUAGAGAACACCGAAUCUCUAUUGGCUUCCUUGAUAUCCCUAUUCAAACACUUGGGAAUGGAAUUUGGCCCCAAACUUGUUUACUAUUCAGACACAAAGAACUGAGUGAAAUCUAUGUCAAAACCCAUAUAGCUUAGUGAAAAAAUUAAAGAUGUGGUGAUUCCCAAGAGAAAUGCUGCUUAUUUAAAAGGGUUAGGGGAUGCAUGUCUUCAGAUAAAUCAUUUAAGUUGUAUGAACAGAACUGUAGCCUUUACCAUCUUAAUAAUAGCGAAGGACUGAGUUCAUGGUAUCUGGGCAAAUGGAGAUGAGGGAGAAGCCUGCCAGUGUUAAAAGUAUGUAUUGAAGCAGGUCUGAAGUUGCGUGAAUUUUCAAAUCCUUUGUUCUAAUAAGAAUCUCCUGUAAAUAUAAACUUUAAAGAAGAAAAUAUUAAACUGUGUUACUUUACUGAU